AUCAAUCAAAUUAAAAUUACAAUAAAAUAAUAUUUAUUUAUUUUAAAUCAAUUGAAAAACUAAUAAUAAGUAGAUUAGUGCACAAAAAAUAUACAUGCAUACUAAAUACCGGUCUGCAAAAUUCUAGAUAGUUGUUCUUAUAAUUUGACCAUGCUGAAUAAAUAAGUGAGAAGAAUCAUAGCUCACGAUUAUUCGUUUAAAUAUAAUGAAUAAGAAGUGAUAACAAGAUCUCAGCCGGUUACCUGCUACGCUUUUGGGAAAAAUACUUGGGCAUUCCAUUCCAUCAUGGACCAAGUCGUGCUCGUCGAGUUUGAAGCUGCAACUGAUAAUUUAUAUCCAGCGUUAUUCCAGUGCUUCACUAUCAUUUUAUGCGGGUACAUAGCAGGCCGCCUCAAUGUGGUCUCGGCAACUGAAUCUAAAGGCAUUGCCACAUUUGUGGGUACUUUUGCGUUACCAUCCCUUAUAUUCCUAUCGCUCGCUCAGCUAGACUUCAGCACAGUCAAUUGGACGUUCCUUGGUGCAAUACUUCUGGCUAAAGGCUUGGUAUUCUUCGGUGUUAUGUUAGUCACAAUGCUGGUCUCCAAACCACUGAAUUUGGGAAGAGCAGGAAUAUUUGCAAUUUUCUGUACACAAAGUAACGAUUUUGCUUUGGGAUAUCCAAUUAUUCAUGCAUUGUACCAGAAAACUCAUCCCGAAUAUGCUCUAUAUUUGUACUUGAUGGCACCGAUCUCACUUGCUAUACUGAAUCCUAUUGCUUUUGUUUUAAUGGAAAUCAAUAAACAGAAUGACCAAACCCCAGUAAUUACAAUUGAAGGAGAAUCAAAGUUGUGUCGUUGUAGUAUGAAAUUGUUGAAGAAUAUAGCAAAAGGUAUUGCCUUCAACCCUGUGGUAGUGAUGACUGUUUUGGGUAUUUUUGGUAAUGCUGCAUUCAAACACCAACUUUCUAUUUAUGUAGAAGGACUUUUGGAGGUAUUUGGACAAUCUUUUGCUGCAACAGCAUUGUUCUUGCUGGGCUUGCGCAUGGUAGGGCAGAUACACAGGCUACGAGGACCAGCUCUGUUGCUGCCAUGUGUAUUGAUAAUGGUUAAACUAAUUGUGCUGCCAGUAGUUAUGAGGGAAAGUGUGAGCGCUCUCCAGGCUGGAGCGAAUGAUUCGGAAACCCUAUCCCUUUCCACUUACGCCUUCUUAUAUGGAACAAUACCUACCGCACCAGCAGUGUUCGUCUUUUCCAACUUAUAUCAAUUGGAAAUCGAUUUGAUGGCAUCAUCCAUGGUAAUCUGCACAUUCCUGUCAGCACCAAUGAUGUUCAUGUCUGCGCAAAUGAUAGCUAUAAACAAAGACUAUGCCGAUCAACUAAAGAGGUUUGGCUUCGACCUCUCUAUCGUGUCUCUGGUCGCCUCGAUCUGGAUACUCUUUGUGUUCAUCGUCACUAAGAAGUAUAAACGCAUGCCGCAUAGAUUGACGCUGUGCUUAAUUGUGUCUCAGUUGUUGCUGGCUAUAAGCGUGGUAUGGGGCGGGCCUUUACCAGGGUAUACGCCAUCUUGGCACGCGUCCGUACAACAAUCCCUCAGAAUAUUCAGCAUGUACUCAUGUUUGCUGUGGACCGCUAUGCUCUCCGUUGGACUGCUGAUGUUACAGAGUCGCGGCCCGUGUUUCGUGGUAACCCUAUGGCCGGUGUUAGGGUUCGUAGCGUGGGGCGCUCCUAUCGUCAUGGUGGUGGUGUUACUCGCCACUAAAGGCACCGGCGAUCUCGACUGCAAGGCUACCGAUGCCAUAAGGCUGUGUCUACUUGUCUUCUGUAUUACUGUGACCAUGGGAUGUCUGACCCUGUACAUAAGAUUCAGACGGCGCAGCGCUCACUUCGCGUCGCUGUCCGCCGACUUGGCGACAACUUCAAGCCCUCGCGAAGAGUCCACGAGUUUGAUCGACAACGCCGAACCUGUCUCACAAACGCAAUCUAUAUCUGCCAAUGGGAAUGGGUGCUACGGAACCAUUACGACGACGCCAUCACCAAAUAAACAAUGUUGUUCUGAUGAUCCCAACUGCGAGAAUGGAUUAUCUUCAUCGCAUGAUAUCGAAGACAUUGGUGACGCCAACAGGGACUGCGCGUGUCCUCCGUCUCAGAAGCACCGGUGUCCCCCUGGCGGCGAGUGCCAGUACCUCAGCGAGCUGACCGCGGCCGCCGGAGCCCUAGGGCUCCUGCCGCCCGAGCAGACGCGCGGCCGCGGCGGACAGCUGCUCAAGCACACCGUGCUAACUAUUGUAUACAGCCUCAGCAUGUUCAUAGGCAUAACCUACACGACGUGGCGCAUGAUGUUGAAAGACGAAAGCGGCGUGUUCGUCGAAAUAGAGUUCCUGGACAUAGUGGCGAGCUAUGGUCAGGCGUUAGUCAUGUUCAUACUGUUUGGACUCGACCCGGAGGAAAUAUUCAUACCCGCUAUCCGGUUCGUGAAGAAUAAAUGGUAUGGUGGUGACACCGUGGUACUGCCGUCGGUAGAAGACUUGAGCUUUGAGACCAAACACGUUUGCGACCAGUUUAUUACGCAUCAUCUCGAACGCUGCAGGGAGGCUAUUGCAAAAGAUACAAGGUGGCGUAUGCGCACAUACAGAGGCGUAUUCCGUGGUUCCUGCCUUGUCCGUUGGCUGAUCAGCUGCGGCCUCGCCAAAGACGAUCACGAAGCAGUUCAGUACGGACGACACUUGCUCGACGGACGACUCAUAUCGCACGUGAACAACGCACAUCAUUUUACCAACUCACCGCUACUUUACACGUUCAAGUAAACUGAUAUACCACAGAGUAGUGAACAAAUGGAGUGUUAUAAGGAGGUUACCGGUUUUUUGUGCAAUUGACAGCUGUCAGUUUUCAAGGGAAAAUAGUGUUGUUUGUACUGACUGACAGCAACUGUCAACUGCACAAAAAAUGGUCAUGAAUUUUAAUACUUUUUAAUGUAAUUUAUAAAGAGCAUAGGUACGAUGUAUUUCCAAGUUCCUUUAACAUAAAUAUACAGCGGAUAUCACUCCAUUUGCUUAUAACUCGAUGUUUUAAAAAUGCGACCUUGGCUAUGCUGAAACUGAUAUAUUUCUCAGGCUGGAAUCUAGUGUUAUAAUAUUAUAUAUUUUUAUUGUAUACAUACAUUAUUAAAGAAUAAAAUGUUACUGUACUUCAUGCAUUAAAAUUAUAGAUCUUAAUAAAAUAUAGGUAGAUUACUUUUCUGUUCUACUAUUGUCGGCGAUUGUACUGAUUAAGGAAAAUGUCGGAAAUAAUGUUUUAAGUCUAAUUUAUACGUUGCAAAAUUUGGUGCUUUUUUACGAAUAAUUUAUUGGUACAAACGUUUCUAUGCUAAAGUUGACCAAAAAUUAAGUUAUUGUUUUUUAUGAAGUUGUAAGACAACAUUUUAACAAUUUUUUGUGAUCUUAUGGGGCUUGUGGUAAUUUAUAGACAGUUAAGUAAUUUAGUUUUAGUUCACAUGAUUUCUACAUUAUGAUCUCAACGACACAAAACCAUUUAGUUAUAAGUGAUGUCUAUAGAAAUACUUGUAUUCGUUUUUGCAGUAUGUAUCUGUAAGUGAAAGGUAUUUAUUCAAACCACCCAUUAUAUUACUUUUGAGCUAGCCACUUUUCGUUCUCAGUUUUAUAUUUUCAACCAACUUUCCAAAAAAUAUCUGAAUUGAGAACCAGAGGGGGUUCUCAAUUCAGAUAUUUAUAUUACAUACAUAUUUUAUAUACAUAUUUUUUUUGCAACUCUUAAAACAUGCGGCCAAAUUAUAUACUAUUAUAAUGCAUAAGUCUAUAUGUUCGGAGUUAACCCAGUGGGGCCAGUGGCAGUGGAAAAUAAUGUUUCGCUUCAUGGUACUUAAACAACUGAAUAUAAUUAUUGACUUACGUCGUAGAAACUCUUAUUUAUCUUAUAAACAGCUUACGUUAGUUGCUUAGUUGAAUAUUUUAAAUAAGGAACUUCACCGUCUGUGUUAGUGAGAAUAACAUGAACAAAUAGAAUUAAUAAUUUAAUGAAUCUUUACGAUUCACGUAUAAAUCUAUCUAUAGGUGGCAUUCGGUUUUUAGAGACUGUAAUUUAGUAAGUAUAUAUUUACUUUCAUUUGUACAGCCCAACUUGCUUGCAAAUACAUGUUUCUCCGCCUUCUUUUAGGCCUACUUGGUAUAUCAGUCAUAACCCUUUAUGAAAUGCUCGAUAGCCUUUCUUGAAAUGGUUCACUGUCUAUUGGCCACAUAAUCAUGGCGUUUGGGCGACAAAUGAUAAGAAAUCGUGUCUCGAUAUGCAACCGAACCUACCUUCAGAUAUUUCAUUUUAGAAGCUAAAUAAUUUACGCGCAUAAAUUUUUGUGAUGUUAGGCUGUUAUUGUUUGCCCUUGUUGUAGUAAUAAAUAAGAAUAUCAUAAUCAACAUAAUGGUCAUAUUAAACCUAUUUAAGAAUAAUCAAAUCUAUGUUAUUAAUAUUAUAUUGUUGUAUUUUCUGAUUGAGCAUAAAAAAAAUGUUAAAAAAUAUAUUUGUUCAUAUACUGAA